AUGCCAUCGGAUCUGAUGUCUCGCAAUGAUGUGGGGUGUACCAGUUUUAAUUACAACACAAGCAUUGUCCCAGCUCUCUACUGCUUAACAUUCCCCAUAGCCUUAGUGCUGAAUGGCGUGGCAGCUUGGGUGUCUCUGCACCUCAAGUCCACCACCACCUUUGUGGUGUACCUGAAAAAUCUUGUGGCAGCUGAUCUAAUCAUGACCUUGAUCAUUCCAAUCAAAGCUGCCAGUUACAUGCCGAGUGCAUCAUACAUGUUAUAUGAAUUUUCGUGUCGUUAUUCCAGUGUCAUUUUCUAUAGUACACUGUACGCAUGUAUCAUUUUGCUGGGCCUCAUCGGUCUGGACCGUUUCUUCAAGAUCGUGAUACCCCACAGCAAGUUUGGUCAGAAUCUAACCGUAAGCAAACUGAUAUCAGCCUCAAUCUGGCUGAUCAUGUUUGGAGCCACUGCUUUACCUAAUAUAAUUCUGAGUAACAAAUCAGUGGCUAAUUUGACAGAUAACAGGAAUUGCAUGAAGUAUAAAGGACCGGUUGGGAUUGAAUUCCAUCAAAAUGUAGUACUUUAUAUGAAUGCUUUAUUCUGGUUUGUCAGUGUGGUCAUUGUGGUUUGCUACAUUUGUAUUGCAAAUAAGGUCAUCCAGUCUUUCAGAAACUCUGGCAGCAAUAACAACCAGGGAAAGAAGAAGAUCAAACUACGUGUUUUCCUGGUUGUCAUUGUGUUUUUUGUGUCAUUUGGACCAUACCACAUUGUCAGGAUCCCAUACACUUUCCAACAAGUCCAAUUUUCUUCUGAGGUUAGCUGCGCUUACCUAAUAGGCAAGUUUGCUAAGGAACUCAGCUUGUGGCUUGCAACCACCAACAUCUGCCUUGACCCACUUCUCUAUGUCUUCUUGUGUCGAGAAUUCAAGGACAAGCUUAUUUCUUUGAUGAAAAAUGUAUCCAUCUUACUCAAAGUAGCCUCAGCAGGCAAAGAAGAGGGCACUUUACCACAGACUAGAUUCUGA